UGCAGCCUCCACAGAGCAGUUCUCUCUUCUCCCUGCUCACUUGCCCACACUCUCCAGUUCCUCAGCAUGGCCACCUGCAGCCGCCAGUUCACCUCCUCCAGCUCCAUGAAGGGCUCCUGUGGCAUCGGUGGUGGCUCUAGCCGCAUGUCCUCCGUCCUGGCUGGAGGAUCCUGCCGGGCUCCCAGCACUUACGGGGGCAUGUCGGUUACCUCCUCUCGCUUCUCCUCUGGCGGAGCCUGUGGGAUUGGAAGUGGCUAUGGUGGGAGCUUCAGCAGCAGCAGUUUUGGUGGAGGACUUGGUAGUGGAUUUGGCGGUGGUCUUGGCGGUGGUUUUGGUGGUGGUUUUGGUGGUGGUAUUGGCAGUGGUAUUGGUGAUGGGCUCCUGGUGGGCAGUGAGAAAGUGACCAUGCAGAACCUCAAUGACCGCCUGGCCACCUACCUGGACAAGGUGCGUGCCCUGGAAGAGGCCAACAGAGACCUGGAGGUGAAGAUCCGGGACUGGUACCAGAGGCAGCGGCCCACUGAGAUCAAAGACUACAGCCCCUACUUCAAGACCAUUGAGGACCUGAAGAGCAAGAUCAUUACUGCCACCCAGGAGAAUGCACAGUUCACUUUGCAGAUUGACAAUGCCAGGCUGGCAGCUGAUGACUUCAGGACCAAGUAUGAGAAUGAGCUGUUCUUGCGGCAGUCUGUGGAGAACGACAUCAAUGGCCUGCGCAAGGUGCUAGAUGAGCUGACCCUGUCCAGAGCUGAUCUGGAGAUGCAGAUUGAAAGCCUCAGAGAAGAGCUGGCCUUCCUGAAGAAGAACCACGAGGAGGAGAUGCGUGCCUUGAGGGGUCAGACUGGUGGGGACGUCAAUGUGGAGAUGGACGCAGUCCCUGGUGUGGACCUCAGCCGCAUUCUGAAUGAGAUGAGGGACCAGUAUGAGCAGAUGGCAGAGAAGAACCGCAGAGAUGUGGAGGCCUGGUUCCUGAAAAAGACUGAGGAGCUGAACAAAGAGGUGGCCUCUAACAGUGAUCUAAUCCAGAGCAACCGAAGUGAGGUGGCUGAGCUCCGCAGGGUGUUCCAGGGCCUGGAGAUCGAACUGCAGUCCCAGCUCAGCAUGAAAGCAUCCUUGGAGAACAGCCUAGAAGAGACCAAAGGCAGAUACUGUAUGCAGCUGUCCCAGAUCCAGGGCUUGAUCAGCAGUGUGGAGGAGCAGCUNGCUCAGCUGCGCUGCGAGAUGGAGCAGCAGAGCCAGGAGUACAACAUCUUGUUGGAUGUGAAGACAAGGCUGGAGCAGGAGAUCGCCACCUACCGCCGUCUGCUGGAUGGCGAGAAUGUCCACAGCUCCUCCUCACAGCACUCCUCUGGACAGUCCUAUUCUUCUCGAGAAGUCUUCUCCUCAUCCUCCCGCCAGCCCCGGUCCAUCCUCAAGGAGCAAGGUUCAACCAGCUUCAGCCAGAGUCAAAGUCAGAGUUCCAGGGACUAAUGUUUUGCCUAGAGCCUCCUCACCCACACCUGCCUCUCAAGCUGAGGGCUUGGGGCAGGACCCUGUUUUCUUUGCGCAGUCCCCAUCUGUCUCCCCUACCCUCUCAUGGUGGUAGGCUAAUAAAGCUUUUUGGUUGAUGCAAA